AUGUCAAGAGUAGGCAAGACUUGGAACCGGGGCAGUUGGUGGAACCGUGGUAUGCAGGUGGUCUGUGAAGCCAUCUCCAUGGCCUGGACAGCCCCUGCUUUCUACUGCUCUCCAGAACCUUUCCUUAACUGUGUCUGGCUUCUUUUUCCCUCCCCCAAGUUUUUGAGAGUCGAUCAAGACAAAGACAAAGACUGUAGCCUGGACUGCGCCGGCUCUCCGCAGAAACCUCUCUGUGCAUCCGACGGGAGGACCUUCCUUUCCCGCUGCGAGUUCCAGCGCGCCAAGUGCAAGGACCCCCAGCUGGAGAUUGCCUAUCGGGGAAACUGCAAAGACGUGUCUAGGUGUGUGGCUGAGAGGAAGUACACGCAGGAGCAAGCGCGGAAGGAGUUCCAGCAGGUGUUCAUCCCAGAGUGUGACGAUGAUGGCACCUACAGCCAGGUCCAGUGUCACAGCUACACCGGGUAUUGCUGGUGUGUCACACCCAAUGGGAGGCCCAUCAGCGGCACUGCAGUGGCCCACAAGACGCCCCGGUGCCCGGGUUCUGUAAAUGAAAAGUUACCCCAGCGGGAAGGCACAGGAAAAACAGUCUCCUUGCAAAUCUUUUCCGUUCUGAAUUCAGAUGAUGCCGCAGCCCCAGCGCUGGAGACUCAGCCACAAGGAGACGAGGAAGAUAUUGCAUCACGUUAUCCUACUCUGUGGACUGAACAAGUUAAAAGUCGGCAGAACAAAACCAAUAAGAAUUCAGUGUCAUCCUGUGACCAGGAGCACCAGUCCGCCCUAGAGGAGGCCAAGCAACCCAAGAACGACAAUGUGGUGAUCCCCGAGUGCGCUCACGGCGGCCUCUACAAGCCAGUGCAGUGCCACCCUUCCACAGGGUACUGCUGGUGUGUCCUGGUGGACACAGGGCGACCCAUUCCUGGCACUUCGACGAGGUAUGAACAGCCCAAGUGUGACAGCACGGCCAGGGCCCACCCGACCAAGGCGCGGGACCUCUACAAGGGUCGCCAGUUGCAUGGACUUGUGUCUGCGCGAUGCCCCCACUGCUGGUCAUCGGUGACACCCUUCUGGGAUGUUCCCAUGGCAGCCAGGGUGGUUGUAUCUUUCAUGCUUGAAUUCAACCAAUUGGCUUGUUCUCAGGAGGGGAGUGAAUUGGAGGAGCAGGCUGGCCUUGCUGGCCUGGGCUUCUGCUGCUUGUGUGAAUUCCUGGCUGUUAAAUUGGAGCAGGCCAGUUACGAAGGUCUGCGGGAGCCCUACAGCAAGUUGAGUCCCACUCCUGCCCUUCCCUUCCUCUGGCGGUUUGGGUCAAAGCUUUGCUGUGCUUCUGGGGACAUCACACUCAUGAGGGGUGGAGGAGGGAGUGAUGAAGAAGCAGCACAGGCAUCCUGGUGA